CAAUUACUUCAUCCUUUUAAAAAUUAGUUUUGCGAAAAUGUCCAAUUUUGGAAAAAUAAAAAGUGUAUAUUGCAAAGAUUUCGUGACAUACUCAGAAUGCAUCUUCACACCAUCAGAAUAUUUAAACGUUAUCAUUGGCCCCAAUGGCUCAGGUAAAUCUACACUUGUAUCAGCGAUAGUGUUGUGUUUGGGUGGUGAGCCCAAAUUGCUGGCGCGUUCAAAUUUUAUCAGGGAUUACGUUAAAAAUGGUUGUUCAUCGGCUAAAAUAUCUGUAGAAGUUUGCGACGAGCGAAAGAAUAAGGGAAGCCUUUGUGAUGAAAAAUUGGUGGACUUCACACGCGCCUUUGACAAAAACGAUAAAUCAGAGUAUUUUAUUAACGGUCGUUCCUAUUCACGUCGCGACUAUCUAGAGGCGAUAUCAAAAUUUAACAUCCAAGUAAACAAUCUAUGCCAAUUUUUACCACAGGAUCGUGUUCAGGAUUUCGCUAAAAUGAAUCCCCAGGAAAUUCUUUCGAAUACAAUCAGCUCGGUUUGUAAUGUUGAAAUAUUGGAAAACUUUGAGAAAUUAAAGAAAUUGCAAAACAAUCAGGAAAAUAACCAAAGCACUCAUCAGAAAUUAGUACAAAAACUUGCGGAAAGUAAAAAUCGAUUUAACGAGGUAAAGGGCGAAUUAAAUCGGUUUAAUGUUCGUCAAGAAACUGAACACAAACUAAUUGCUUGCAAUAUUAAAAAGGUUAAAAUUGAAACCGAUGAGUUGUCUGCAAAUCUUGCAGAACGUACUAAAGACUGCCAAUUGGCUGAAAAGCUAUUAGCAAAUUUUGAUAAGGAAAACACGGGAAUAUAUGCAAAACAAACGGAAUUUAAGAAUCUUGCUACUCAACUAAGGUUACAAAAAGAACGAAAGGAACAAGAUUUCAAACAAGCUGAGACUAAUAAAGUGAAAAUCCUUGAGAAAAUCGAACAUAUAAAGGCAACGAUAAAUAAUAAAAGGAUUGAAUUUCGGAAACGCAAAUGCGAGCAAGCUGAACGGGAAAAAGACUUACAAAAUGCUGUACAUUUAUUAGAAGUUUAUGUGCAAGAUUUGGAAAAUUUAAAAGCUGAAUGCUCAUCCGACUCUGAGUUAGCAAAUGCCUAUAAUCAGAGCAUGGAAUGUCAAAAGGUCGAGCUCAAGCGUUUAAAUCAAAAUUAUACCCGUCUUAAUCAAAGGCUGGAGGAAUUUAGACCGGAAAUAGGUAGUCUAAAGAAACAAAUUGAAAGUUUGGAAAAUGUGGGCGAUCAGAAGGUAUUGUUCUUACAACAAAAUUUUCCCGACGUAUGCAAAGCCAUGAAAUGGAUAGAAGAGAACGAGAAUUUAUUUGAAGCACGCGUUUAUAAACCUGUUAUGCUUGAGAUAAACGUCCGCAACCCUGAUCACACCAAAUACUUGGAAAAUACAAUAAUGUUCCGUGACUUCCAGGCCUUCUCUUGUGAGAGCAAAAAUGAUAUGAGUCUUUUAAUUAGUGAGCUAUGUGUUAAAAGGAAAUUAACUGUAAAUAUAGGUCACGCUCCAUCGGAUGCAAAAUUUUUGCCUGUUAUUCCAAUAAUAAAUCUUCGCCCAUACGGCUUCGACGCUUAUAUGAUCGACUUGAUAGAUGGGCCCCAUGCAGUAUUAGGUUACUUAUGUUCUUUAUACAGAUUGCACAACAUUCCAAUCGGCGGUAAUGAAGUUAAAGAGUUUAUCGAGAAAAUUCCUGAGCCAAUUACCGUUUAUUUUGGUGCCAAUGUACGUUACAACGUGAGCAUUUCCAAGUAUAGUGGAGAAAAAAUUUUUUCCCAAGUGCAAAUAGAAUGUAGAAAUAUUCUCCCCAGUAUAGAUGUGCCACAAAUCGAGCAGAAAAAACAUAGACUAAGCGAACUUGGACGGGCGAUUGAUAAUUUACGAAAUCAAAGAAGUUCAUUGGAAGCGGAAAUGCGAGAAAAAGAAGUAUUAUAUAAAGAAAAGAAGGAUAAAUUAAGUGAGAUAAGGAGUCGGCAAUACGAACAUAACCGGAAGAUGGACGAGAUUCGCAAGUGUAAAGAAAGAGUUACUGACUUAAAAAAUCAGCUAAAAGAUCGUGUCCUUGAAAGUGAUUUAAGACGGAAUAUAGCAAAAUGUUUAAACGAACUUCUUCGCUGCCAAGCGGGAAGAAUUAAAGCUUUAAGUUCACUCCAAAAAGCUGCUGCAAACAAAGCAUUCUUGCAGGCAAAGUUGCAUGUAUUUAAUACUGAAAAUGAGGCAUUAGUUAAUCAAAUUAAAACACUUUUGGAGAAUAGAAAUUCUGCGAAGGAGAGAGUGGAUGCGAUAAAGUCAAAAUGCGAGACGUUUAAAAGUAAACUUCGUAAAAAAGAAGAUGAGAUGGCAACGUUGACUAGUAAAUCAGAUCCCCGUAAAAAGAAUUCAAUGACUUAUCAGUUUUACUGUGAUUUGCCCGACAACUAUGAGGAAUUAAAAGGAUUCCUUAACGAUUACGCCGCCCGUUUGGAUUUCAUGGAGGAUGUAAAUUCUGAGAUUUUACGCGAACACGAGAAUAAACUUCAGGAGAUUAAAGCAAUUGAAAGUGAAAUUCAAGGUGUGUUGGAGGAUAAUCAAGACUAUGUCGCCAAGAUUCGAACUAUCUGUGAUAGUUGGUUUCCGACUGUAGAUCAAGUGAUUGGAACCAUUAAUAAGCAUUUCAGCGAUUUUAUGCGAUCAAUGGGCUACGUUGGCGAAGUGAGGCUAACACGAAAAGAUACGUAUGACUUUGGCUCCUUUGGAAUUGAAAUUUUGGUUCAGUAUCGACAAAAUGUGCCUUUACAGGCCCUCAAUAGGCAUGUGCAGUCCGGAGGUGAACGCGCCGUGGCUAUUGCUGCCUUUACAUUGUCCAUGCAGCACAUAAGUCAUGUACCUUUUCGCUGCGUCGAUGAAAUUAAUCAGGGAAUGGAUGCACGAAAUGAGAGGAAAAUUUUUGAUAUGUUAGUAGAUGAAACUACAAAGACCGGGUCCUCGCAGUACUUUUUUGUUACGCCGAAGCUCCUCCGCAAUUUAAAGUCUCAUAAGAGAGCCUCAGUUCAUCUUGUUUUUAAUGGUUGCAAGAUCGAAUCGAAAGAUGCAUUUAUAUUUGUAAUGCCAUCUUAAUGAUUAUAUAUUGUAAUAUUUUAUUCAUACAUCUACAUAGGCUGUGAAGUAAAAUGUUCAAAUUGUCGAUUCUCGGUUCUGAUUUUCAUGCUGUGCAAGAAUAUAUCUUUGGAAUCAAGAGCGAAUCGAAGGCAUCCGUCGAUACAGACGGACGGACAUGGCUUAAUCGAUUGAGAAUCAAGAAUAUAUAUACUUUAUAAAGUUUCUGCAGCUUCGUAUUGUGUGUUGCAAAUGGUUUGACAGGAUGAAUGUCAACUAUAAAUUUCUGCGUGUGUGAGUUAUGCUCUAGACAUGGACAAAAAUGAAAAAAGCAGCACAAACAUUGUACCCAAUAUUGUAAAU